ACCAGGGAGUAAUUAUUAUUGUACUACUCCCUGAGUGAAACAUUGCAAAAUGCAAGGAUGGUCGGUAGUCAGUGGUUAGGUCUACUGUUUUCAGUUGUACCAACUGUGGCUUUUCACACCAAGGAAAAGUUACGAAUCCUUGUUGUAGUAAAGUUGCCUUGUUAGUUCUCAAGCUAACUUUUGUUGGGUGCUGUUAGUGAGCUCGAAGACGAGUACUCCCCUCGUCUGGUCGAUGUUCUUGUAAAGCUGGCGUACGUGCUGAGCAGUUAUUUGCUCGAGAGCAGAAGUAACUAAGAUGCAGGCCUUGUUCAAGAAGAAGAAAUCCAAGAAGAAGGAGGAUGGCCUGGAGGGUGACCGUGCUCGUUCUGGCUCCUUCCAGGAAAAAGAAGGGGCUUCGCGCCAGAAAAGCAGCCAUGCCUUCUCGGAUUCCUGCUCAGAUGCGGCAGCUUCGAAAGAUAGGAAGUCCCUGAAGAAGCUGAGGAGCAAGGUCAUUGCCAAGACUGUCUCAGCCGAUAAGAAACUUGAAAAGACGGACUCCCUGGAUGUAGACGGUGGGGAAAUCGAAGUCAGUGCACCACCUGGUAAGCUUGUCCAAACACGGCAACUGAGUAUAGACGAACGGGAGCUGUUCAUCUCCAUGACCCAAUGCGAGAAGAUGAUAUCAAUGGACAGUGUUCGUCUUGGCAGUAGUGCACGACUCAGCGACAAUCAGGUGCCUCGAAUGGAGAGGCAGAUGAGCGUCCCCGCAUCCGAUAUCAUCGCCAGGAGAGAGGGUUCCGCUUUCGUUCUGUCCACAAGAGCUCAGCGCGGUUUGCGCGUGGAGACUCGCCUUCUGCCUGGUGAUAUCCUGGUCUCAAUAAACGAUUCAGCUGCUGAGGACCUGAGCGACUCAGCUCUGGCUGAGAUUCUCCAGACUGACGGUGAGGUGCAGGUUACUGUGCGCUCAGUGGCAACGUUACUGUGGAUGGUGGGAUGGGAUACGCCAGUGCGUGCAGUAGCUGCUGGCCAAGUGGCACCUUCAUCUUCCGCACUGGCAGUCAGAAAUGAGUCUCCGGCCCUUGCUCGCAGCGAACAGGAGCUUCUUCAAGAGCGUUCCUACCUGGAUUCCCGUCAUGUGUGGCUUAUUCACCGCGAUGGAAUCACCACGGCGACUGUGCUGGACGGAGACGACGGCUCGCCGGCCUGUGACUUUUCGAAAACCGACUCAACACGCAGAGUCAAACUGGGCAGUGGUGAAGUGCUAAUCGUGGAUGACACGGAUGUUGAUAAGAUCAACCCACCGUCGUAUGACUACUGUGACAACCUAGUGGUACUGAGGCAGCUGAAUGAGUCCGCCGUUCUGCACUGCCUUCGCAUGCGCUUCCAUGCACGCCUCUACCACACGCAUGCCGGUCGCCAUCUCAUCAGCAUUGCCCCGAAUUCGGAGUCGGCGCAGGAUCUGUCCAUGGGCAUGGCUUAUGUCAACCGCUGUCGUGCCGGCAACACCCCGCCUCACCCGAUCUCGGUGGCGUACCAGGCACGCCAGCGCAUGACACAGAGACGCCGCGACCAAACCAUCCUGCCGCUGGGUAUUGCCGGCUCUGGCAAGAGCUUUGUUGUCUCACAGGUCUUGACCUAUCUUUCAUCGACUGUGCAGAAAGCGAAGGGAUGCUCGCUUACACCUCAAAAGAUCACGGACACACACUCCGUCUUGCAGGCAUUCUCCUGUGCUGUCAACCUGAUCCAUGAUAAUGCCACGCGAAUCUCAACACGCUUCAGUCUAUCUUACGACGCCAACUGCUGCCUGAUGGGCGGUGCACUACAGACUGUGUUCUUUGAGAAAUCACUGGUGACGCGUUCCAAAGAGUCAACACUCAACUUCCAUAUCUUCUAUCAGCUGUGGUUUGGAGCAGACAAGCAACUCAGGAAAGACCUUGGAUUCCUUGCAUACGAAGAGACCAAGCUUCCGUGCGAUUUCUUGCCAUACUUGGCGCUUUUCACUGAAAAGCAGCAAGAGGAGUGGCGUCAGCAGUGGUUCAAUACCUGCCAUGUGCUGACAACCCUGGGUAUUGGUAAAGAUGAACAGAAGGGCAUGUGGAUGAUCCUUGCAGCCAUCAUACACCUUGGCAUGGCCGGUCUGGAGCAGCCAUUAGGCGCCAGUCGACGACCGUCAACCAGUGGCACUGGCAUUCCCCCCAGCACACCGGCCAAGGCCACGUUUGAGAAUCGCGUGCCCGCUGUCUGUGCCGCUCGUCUACUCGGCAGUGAUGUCGAUGAGCUCAUCGGUUACAUCACGCAGUCGUCCACCGGUACUGGCCUCAUGAGCUGGGAAUCGUCCGCCGGCUGCAUGAAGCCGUCCUUGUCAUCGGAGAAGAUCAACACGUCCACAUCACUUGCCAAGAUUGCCUUGCUGGGCCCUCCGUCUUCUACGACCUCGAAAGCGGACAAUGAACCCGCCAAUGUGGACGUUGUCGCACAAUUUGCCACAGGACUCUAUGAGAAGCUGUUCAGCUGUGUCUCGUCGCUCUUGCAGAAGAGUAUUGAGCCUAACCUGCAGCAGCCUCCGUCUUACUCCAUUCACGUCCUGGACAUGGCUGGCAUGCGCUUUGCCGGUGUAGACGUGCGCUCAGUUGCGCAGCGCUUUGAGGAUCUGUGCCACAACUACCUGCAUGAGAAGCUGCAGGCUGUCUUCCAUCAGACUGAGUUUGAAAACGAACUUCAUACGUAUAACCAGGAGAACGUGGAUUGUAAUUUUAUCUCCACCAUGCCACCCUGUGAUCCCAUCAUCGACACGUUUGAACGCUACCAAGUCAGUAACCCUGCCGCUAGGGGUGUGCUGUAUCUCAUCGAAGAAGAGUUCAGUGCUGAGGGAAAGCGAGGCGGCAAUUCAUCCUUCAUGGACCGUGUCAAGGACAGCCAUGGUUCAGCGUCUGGAUCAAGUGACGCAAUCUGCCACAUCAGCUCCCCGACUAGUUUCUUUAUUCGCCAUGGACAGAGUCACAUGCCCAUCGAGUACAGUACGACCAACUGGGCCAGCAGUAUCCAUGACAACCUCGGCACGAAGGCAGCCGAGUGGUGCCUCAACGAUAUUUCAGAUGGUCCCGUGUUGUCUCUGAUGAACACUAGAUCCAGCUCUAAGUCACUGGGCACACCAAUCAAACGUGGCCCGUCACUUCGCGCUCCAUCCGGCCGACGUGUCGGCAGCAGGCGCUCCGUACCGGCAUUGCUGCGACAGCAGGCGGAAUCGUUGUCGGACGCUCUCGUCAACGCCAAGCCAUUCUAUAUCUUCUGCAUUCGGCCGCAGUCCGGCAGCACAUCGCGCAUGAUCCCUCUGCUGGACGUGCUCCACACGGACGCUCGCAGUAGCCUGACGUCUAGUCAGUCGUUAUUGCGUUCUGAGUCGCUACCCAUGGCAUCGGCCGAUAUUGACGAGGAGGAGCAGGGUUUCAAUGUGCCCUAUGUGCGACUUCAGGUGCGCAAGGCUGAGCUCAUCAGUGCUAUGCGCGUCUACAGGCAAGGUUUUCCGGAGAGAAUAUCAUUCCAGGACUUUGUCCGCUCCUUCCAAAUCCUCAACCCUCGCCCACCGACUGAUGAAACGGUUGACGAUAAGAUUGCUGCUCAGAAUCUUCUCGAGGCUCUGGCUGUCGACAAGUCGUCAUUCCGCCUGGGAUGUAGCAAGAUCUUCCUCAAAUCCGGCAAUCUGGAUCAUCUCCGUGCUACACGUGAGAAGCAGCUGGAGAACACGUUUAUUCAGUUCCAGGCACACGUACGCGGUGCUCUAGUGCGUAAGCAUUUCCAGCUCCUGAAGGUGCACAAUGUAGCCGUGCGCUGCGUGCAGAAAAACGUGCGCAAGCUGCUCAAGGUGCGCGAGUGGCCCUGGUGGAAGCUCUUCACAAAGGUUGUUCCAUUGCUCGAUGUUCACCGGCAAGACGAGGAGCUCAAAGCCAAGGAUGAUGCAAUCACAACUCUGCAGAACCGCGUCGACAAGCUACAGAAGGAGACGGCCGACUAUGCGGAGGCCAAACUGGAGAUCACCAGGCUGCAGGAUCGUGUUCGCUCACUGACCGAUUGCCUUGCUGACGAGCAAGCGGCACAGGAGCAGAGUAACGAGAUCCUGGAACAGGAACAGAUGCAACGAUUGAGACUAGAGCAGGAGGUGGCUGAAUUACAGGCCGAGCACAGUAUAGUGGUCAAGCAGAAUGAACAGCUGGGACUGCAGGCAGCAGAGGCCAUGCUCAAUAGACAUGCCUUUCCGGACAACGAUGGCGAUGACAGUGAUGAUGGCGAGUCUCUGAUGAAUAUGAGAAUACGGGUUCUGGAUACGGAACACAAGCGUGCACUGGAUGCUGUGCGCGCCGAGCUAGAAACUGAGCGGGAGGACAACGCCUUCGCCAAGCGCCAACAAGAUAAACAGAUUACAUUGCUGCGGUCUGAUCUGGAUGAAGCCUACCAGAAGUCCACGUCCAUGCGUAAGAAGGUGCUGCGGUUGGAGUCUGAACUAGCUGAUCUUCGCUCUCAUUUGGAAGAUGAACAGCAACGAAACUCGAUCCUGGAACGCAAGCAGAGACGGUUUGAUGCGGACCUCUCAUCCGCAAUGAACGCUGCACAGAACGAGAAGGACCUUCGUGCUCAGAUCAUGUCGCAGAAAGAGGCGGAAACAUCACAGCGCCUUGCCUUGGACAACAAGCUGGAAGAAGUCGAGAGCGAGUGUGACAAGCUACGCAAUGAGAUUGAGCGUCUGCGAGAGGAAGAGGAGAGUCGGGCGUCCCACGAUGGUGUGGAAGACGAGUUGGCAUGUAUUCGUAAAGAAAAGCGUGCGCUCAUGCUGAAGUUGGAAGAACAAGAUGAAGAACUGGAGGAGCUUGCGAGCAAAGUGCACAUUCUUGAGCAGGCUCGAACUCGUCUCGAAACAGGAAAUCAGCUUCUUCGACAACAACAACAGCAAGACCUAGCCGUGAGAGAAGAAGAGCGAGAGAGUUUCAAGGCAUCGUUCCAGCGCCGUGUCCGCGGACUGGAGAAACAGCUCGAGGACGAGUACUUGAUGCGACAGAACGCCGUCAAGGCACAUCGUGAUGCCGAGUUGCAGCUGAUGGAGUUGCGAGAGCAUGCACAGCACGGCAAUCCGGAGGCGGAGCGUCGUCUACGUAAGCACUUGCACCGAACUCUGGCGCUGCUGGAGGACGCUCAAAUGCAAAUCCAGGGCCAUCAGAAGAGAAUGGAGGACAAGUCAGUCGCUAAGAACCUCAAACUUCAGAUUGAAGAGCUUGGUGUUGCCUUGAGUCAAAGCAAGCGAGCUAAGAGUGGACUGGAGGCUGACCUGGAUGAAGCACACGCCAAUGCUGACUUGCUGCGCAGAAACAUUGCUGAUUUGGAAAGUCGUCUCAGCGUGUCCAACAAGGCCAAUAUGGAAUUAGAAGCCAGGCUGGAGGAGACGGAAGAAGACAUCGAGGAGAUGGCAUCCAAACUGAAGAAUGGAACCGAAAAGGUUGCACAUAUGAUAGGCGAGCUGGAGACACUGCGCUGUCAGGUGGAGGACUCCAAUCUGAUGCACGCACAUCUGAAGCGAGAAAAGCAGUCACUCGAAGCUAGAGUAGUGUCUCUGGAGGAAUCGUGCGAGACACGAACGUCCCAGCACGGCACUUAUCUAGCAAAGAUCCGUGUACUGGAAGACAAGUUGUCAGCGGAGACUGUCACACGCAGACGCCAUGAGAAUCAAGUGGCACGUCUCAAAGAGCAGGUUGAUCAGCUGACACGGGAUGAGACUGAACGGGUCAACCCGGAUGUUGCACUCAAUCUAACGAGAGAGAAGAACCUACGCGAGACCGUAUCUAAUCUGGAGAAGCAGGAGGAUUGCCUGCGCAAGAAGCUCCGAGAAUCUGAGCUGAACCGCACCACGGCCGAGGCUGACCUGGCCCAGUCUCGCCGGCAAGUGCAGCAGGCUAACGAGCGCAUCACCAGGCUGCACGCCGCCCUGCGCAUCGACGACGAGGACAUGGACCUGCUGGAGGGAGAGCUGGUCGGUGAUCUAUCCGAUGAUGACUGCGACAACGAUAGCUUCGACUCACCGGUGAAGCCGCGCCGUGAGCAUCGACCUAGCAUCACACUCAACGACCAUCAAAUGGCUGUGGACUCCGGCGAUGAGGUCGAUGAUGAGCACCUGGAGGCAAUUCGCCGCAGCGACCUGCGAAGCGGAGACCUGGCCGGUGAUGAAGACGAUGAAGGCGGCAACGACAAUGGUUCAGACAAUUGAACCUCGACAAGAUCACUGUGCUGACAACAACCCCGCCAGGGUGUUUGGUUUGCAAGUUGGCUUCUGCUACACCAGAAAAAGCACACGUUUUCGAACACGCUGUGGGUAAUUGCAGAAUGCGAAGACCAGUGGAUUCGGUUAUGUGUUGACUGACUGGUAUUGCGCAGGCAACUUGUGUACUAGCUGUGCAGAUUUCGAGAAGCGUCUCUUGCUACCCGCACAUGGUCUGGUGGACGCUCGCUGCUGUCUGCACGACCAGAUUAGCCUGGUGUAUGAUACACUGACCGUGUUCGAACACUCCUAGCACACGUGAAGUGAAUAGUCACCAGUUCUCGGCCGCGCCAAGCAAGAAAGAAUGGUUCUGCGCUUGACGUCAUCGCUCAUCGGUGCUAUCAGCCCUGGAACGUGGUGGUGGUGCAUGCAUUGUGUCUCGUCUCCUCCCGCUGCUGCCACUGCACCCUUGUCCUUCCCAGCAUGCGUAGUACUAUGGUCCUCUGUUGUGCACCCCCACUCCACCCCACCCCAUAGUGCCAUCAUCGGCAAUGUAUGCAUUCGAUGUUUUACUCGACUACCCGCCCCGCCAACCUAGCCCAUUGUGGAUGGAAUUAUAGAUAGGUAUUCCCUUUCCGCCGCGCCCUGUAGCAGCACCCAUGUUGCUGAUGAUCAAGCAGUCUCUCCGAUUCUGAUGGCACCAGUGGCAGUUCUUCGGGACUCCUUGCGGGGGGCUGACUCACCAAACUAUGUAUUGCACUGGUCUUUCUCUACCUGCUCUGAUGCUUCCACUUUCGCUCCUUGCCAAGUGUCCGCUAUCAGAACAGGGCACGGGAAGUUCACCAUUCUUUCCAACUGGAAUUUGACAUUGAUACUUCGAAGUAGAUUUCUUCAAGAACGGAACAGUCGUUGACCAUUUUAGUACAUUGUUGCACGCACCAUGCUGUCUGUAUUUAUGCAUUGCGGAUUAUUGUUAUUACUAUACUGUCGUGGCUGAUUUGAACACUUUCGUCCCAUGAUGCAACCGACAUCUACCUGUUUGCGCUGCAUAGAUUUACAUUGUAUUAUUUGAAUUUAUUUCACCUCUCUUUGGAACAAUUAUUUAUUUCAAUGUGUUUACGAGUACAGUAUGAUUUCAUUUUGGCCAUGUUGUUGCAUCUUGAUUGCAUCAUAACGUUAGUGCAGCCGCUGGAUGGCCGAGUUUGGUCAUCCAGCGCUGUGCCGCUUUGCAUGAACUCAUGUGCACGCAUUCUCUCCAGCUCCAUCUCUCUCUCUCUCUCUCUCUCUCUCUCUCUCUCUCUCUCUCUCUCUCUCUCUCUCUCUCUCUCUCUCUCUCUCUCUCUCUCUCUCUCUCUCUCUCUCUCUCUCUGUUCUGGAUGAUUCAAUGUUAUUUUUUUCAUCGAUUUUAGUUCUUCGUAUCCCUUUCUUGAUUUGCUAUCGACAGACUAUGUGCAGGAUGUCUGUACCAUGUGCUGGCAUGCAACUUCUUCUUGCUUUUAAAAGGUAGCUCGAAGCACUU